AUGAUGUACGAUAUGAAUGUCGAUAUGUCAUUGAGAAUUCUUUGUAUAUUCGAGUAUCAUUACCGAAUCGUGCUGCAGUUUAUUGAACUGGUUAUCUCCGGAAACAUUAGACCCCAUGAACGCCACUUACAUGAACUCCAGAAUGAAAUGCGAGAAAUGGGUUUCGAAGACGAUCCCGUAAAAAAGUGGAAGGGCGAGAAAGCAGAUUUGUCUUACUUGACUAACAUGCCGAUGAGCCGCUUGACUGUAAGCGAAGUGCACGAAUUUCGAGUUCAGUUGAAUAGCAUUUAUGAGAAGCUGAAUAGAGUUGCUGCAUUGUCAUGGCAGGAUGCUUGGUUGACCGAUUUGCAGGUGCUAGAAAAGGAAGGCUAUGGUGAUCGUUGGUAUGGUCAUCUGGCGUCGAUGGCUUCGUUAGCCGUUCUGGGCACUGUUACACCUUUGGCAUAUCCGCCGCCGCUGACUUCCUCUCUGAAGUAG